AUCAUGCGGGUGUGAGUUUCGGAACGAUGGUCACACUUCGGGUCAUAUGAUCGACGUUACGCGAGAAUUGAUGUUCCGUCAUAGGCGUUGACUUCUCCCCGGUGUGCGCUUUGCUCUUGAGUUUCUACGAGUUUCUCGAGUGCUUUCCAACGAAUUUCGCACGUUCCUUUCGUGGAGCAGAAAUACACACGGAGCACCAUGGCCCUCAGCGAUGCCGACGUGCAGAAGCAGAUCAAACAUAUGAUGGCCUUCAUAGAACAAGAGGCCAAUGAGAAGGCAGAAGAGAUAGAUGCCAAGGCUGAAGAGGAAUUUAACAUUGAAAAGGGACGUCUUGUGCAGCAACAACGUCUCAAAAUUAUGGAAUACUAUGAGAAAAAAGAGAAGCAAGUUGAACUGCAAAAAAAGAUACAAUCCUCGAACAUGCUUAACCAAGCACGAUUGAAGGCUUUAAAGGUACGCGAAGACCAUGUACGCAAUGUCCUUGAUGAUGCUAGAAGAAGAUUAGGUGAAGUAAUUCACGAUACUGGCCGAUAUAGAGAGAUUCUUCAGCUGCUGAUUAUCCAAGGCCUUUAUCAAUUGACCGAACCGCAGAUUACUCUACGCGUGCGUCAAGCCGAUAUACAUCUUGUAGAAUCACUUCUCGAGAGUAUUCAACAACAAUAUAAGCAAAUGACUAAAAAAGACGUUAUCCUGAAAGUUGAUCCCGAUAACUUCUUGCCCAGCGAAAGCUGCGGAGGUGUGGAUUUGUUAGCAUCUAAAGGACGCAUAAAAGUGAGCAACACUUUGGAAACCAGAUUAGAGCUUAUAGCUCAGCAGUUGGUACCCGAGAUCCGUUGCGCCUUGUUCGGACUCAAUCCGAACCGCAAAUUUAACGAUUAAGCCACUUUUUCUUGACAGCGGUGACUCUCCAAAACAUUCCCUCUUAUCAAACAAAUUAUUGUCGCCUUUCACUCGUGUAUUCCGUAGGAUAAAAUUAGCGUACAAUAUUUUCCUUUCGUCGAGACUCGCGUUCAAUAUUCUCAAUGAAAGUAUCCAACACGACGGAUCGCCGUGCAAUAUAUAAUCACCAUUGGAGCAGUGAACAGACUGUAUUAUUUUACGAGAACACUCAAUAAAAUUAAUAUGAAAUAUCGCAUGUAAAGCGAUAAAAGAGAGAAAAUACUUCACACACACUGGUAAUAAUAUUGUCAGCUGUCAAAUUUUCAAGAAAGGUCAGUGUUCGUAAAUAAUACAAAGCAUACUUUCUUAGGCGAUUAGGAAUGUUAACUAAUGGAGUUCAUAAUGAUAGUUAAUGUUUUUGGCUGCUUAUGUUAAAAAAUGAAUAGCAAUUGCGCGAAGAGCAUAGUACGUUCGAUAUCGUGCAGAAAAUCGUACAAAUAAAGAUAUUAGCUGUCGAGUUCGUUUUAUGUGUAUAUAAGUGUAUAUGUACUCUCUUAUAUACAUAUAGAGCAUAUCGGUAUAUUAUGUACAUUAUGUAAAAAACAACGAUAUAUCAAUACAUAAAUAUAUUAUAUUAAUCGUUGUUGUUGUUAUUAUUGUAAACUUUUAUUUGGAAAAACUUCAGUUUUACAGGAGUAUAAUAUUAGAGAUUUGUUAUAUUAAUUUAAGGCAGCAUAUAUAACAAUGGCAUAUAUAACAACAUUUAUAAUAGUGUACGUAAUUUUUUUUGUGUAUAUAACUUUUCACUAAUUAUGUCCUAUACUCUUGUAAGAUUAAGUGUACCAAAUACUGUGUUCCAUCAUUAUGCAUAUGAAUGUACUGAGAUAUACAGAUAAAUAAAAUAUAUUGAGAUGUG